AUGGCACCGACUACUUAUAUCGGCGUCAACCAUGGAAUUCAGGUUGGAAAUAAUCAGGGCUCAAUCGAAGCAAGCUUCCAUGCCUACACUGCUGAAGAUAUCGAUCGGCUUUGUCUUCGUGACCUAGGCUGCCCCGACUCACUGGUUGUGAAAAAUCGGCUGAAAGAGACUAAAGACAAGCUUCUCCUUCAAUCGUUCGAAUGGAUCCUUCAAACCCAAGAGUAUCAGAGUUGGCGAGAUGGAACAGAUAUCUGUUUGCUUUGGAUCAAGGGCGGUGCUGGCAAAGGGAAAACUAUGAUGUCGAUCGGUCUUAUCGAGGAGCUCUCACGGACACGCCACGAAUCUACUCUUGUGGUUUAUUCAUUUUGCGAUAAUGCUGAUAAUGCGCUAAACACUCUGGAAUCAGUCAUCAAGGGUUUGGUUUUGCAAUUGAUAAAUCAGCAAACCGGCUUAAAGGAAUCUCUUCGCAGCCGUUGGGACACAAUGCAUAACCGGUUUAAUGAGGACAUGACCUCGUGGCGAAAUCUAUGGAAUGUUCUCAUGGAGAUGUUGGACCGGUGCCACUACUCAAAGAUAUUUAUUAUUGUGGAUGCUCUUGAUGAGUGCCAAGAUAAUGGUAUGGCGGACUUCUUCAAACGCCUUGUCCGUAAUGGACUAGAUCAGCCUGCCAAGAUCAAAUGGCUCUUAACGAGUCGACCAUUAGACAGUGCAGAGCGGGCAUUGCUUGUUGGUCGUGAUCAGGUCCAAGUCAGUCUCGAUCUUAAAUCGGAACAUAUCUCUGAAGCGGUAGAGGCCUACAUCUCCUAUAAAGUGGAUGAGCUCAGUCGUCUUCACAGAUAUAGAAAGACCUUAAGCACUGAAGUGAAAGCCAAGCUUACUACGAAGGCUGAGGGUACGUUUCUAUGGGUGAGCUUGGUUUGUAAGAGACUCGAGGGUGUCGGCCAAGAUAAGGUCUUGACCACAAUUCGAAAUUUGCCUCCAGGCCUGCAUUCUCUUUAUGAUCGGGUAUUGAACCAACUGAGCGAAGGCGAGCCAGAUGAUGUCUUCAAGUGUAUGCGGCUGCUGAAGGCCAUGAUGCUAGCAUACCGACCUUUGAAAAUGGAGGAAGUUCCGAGUGUAACUGGUCUAACUGACGAAGCUGACGCUAUUCAGGCGCUGCCGUGGGCCAUCGGAUUGCUCAAAACAUUGCAGAAUAUAGUGGAGGGCGAACCUUCAGCAUCAGCACUGGUGCAGGAUGCCACACGGUUUUUGUUGCGACACUAUUAUACUAUAGAUCAUUGGCCAUUACAGAUCUACAUCUCAGCGGUUAUCUUUAGUCCUGAACUAAGUAUCGUGAAGAGGAAGAAUUCAGACAAGAUUUCAGGAUAUCUCAGAAAGGCCCCAGUGGAGGAAGCUUGGGGGUCUCUGAUUCAGACCUUAGCAGGUCACACGGACGCUGUCAAUACCGUGGCAUUUUCACCAGAUGGCACGCAGAUUGCAUCAGGCUCCUGGGACAAAAACAUCAAGCUUUGGAAUGCUACAUCAGGCGUCCUUCAGAAAACUCUGGAAGGACAUUCGGACUGGCUCAGCACUUUGUAUUUUUCACCAGAUGGCGCACAGAUUGCAUCAGGCUCUAGUGACAAAACGAUCAAGCUUUGGGAUACCGCAACGGGUGACCUUCAGAAAACACUAGAGGGACACCCGGACUGGGUUUCGACUAUAGCUUUUUCACCAGAUGGCGCGCGGAUUGUAUCAGGCUCUGUUGAUAAAACUAUCAAGCUCUGGGAUACCGUAACGGGCGACCUUCAAAAGACACUGCAGGGACACCUAGACCGGGUCAACAUUGUGGUCUUUUCGCCAGACGGCACCCAGAUCGCAUCAGGCUCUAGUGACAAAACGAUCAAGCUUUGGGAUACCGCAACGGGUGACCUUCAGAAAACACUAGAGGGACACUCGGACUGGGUUUCGACUAUAGCUUUCUCACUAGAUGGCGCGCGGAUUAUAUCAGGCUCUGUUGAUAAAACUAUCAAGCUCUGGGAUACCGUAACGGGCGACCUUCAAAAGACACUACAGGGACACCUAGACCGGGUCAACAUUGUGGUCUUUUCGCCAGACGGCACCCAGAUCGCAUCAGGCUCUGGUGAUGCAACCAUCAAGCUCUGGCAUACCGUCACGGGCGACCUCCAGAAGACAUUAAAGGGCCACUCGAACCUAGUCACAACUAUGGCUUUUUCACUAGAUAGCAAGCAGAUUGCAUCAUGCUCUAUUGACCAAACGAUCAAGCUUUGGGAUACCACAACGGGUGACCUUCAGAAGACACUUGAGGGACACUCAGACAUAGUAACGACUAUGGCCUAUUCACCAGAUGGCACCCAGAUCGUAACAGGCUCUAGUGAUAAAACCAUCAAGCUUUGGGGUACCGCAACAGGUGAUAUUCAGAAGAAAAUAGAAGGCCACCUAGGCGGGGUUAGCAUUGUGGUCUUCUCACCAGAUAGCACCCAGAUUGCAUCAUGCUGUGGAGACAAAACAGAGUCUGAGGAUGAAACCAUUAUGCUUUGGAAUACUGCAACAGGUGAACUUCAGAAGAUACUAGAGGGACACUCGGACUGGGUCUUAAUUAUAGCUUUUUCACCAGAUGGCGCGCAGAUUGUAUCAGGCUCUGUUGAUAAAACUAUCAAGCUUUGGGAUACUACAACGGGUGUUCUUCAGAAGACACUAAAAGGACACUCGAAAUCGGUCAGGACUGUGGUCUUUUCACCAGAUGGCACCCAGAUCGCAUCAGGCUCUGAUGACAAAACUAUCAAGCUUUGGGAUACAGCAACGGGCGAUCUCCAGAAGACACUAAAAGGACACUCGAAAUCGGUUUGGACUGUGGCCUUUUCACCAGAUGGCACCCAGAUUGUGUCAGGCUCUGAUGAUAAAACCAUUAAGCUUUGGGAUACUACAACGGGUGUUCUUCAGAAAACACUAAAAGGACACUCGAAAUCGGUCUGGACUGUGGCCUUUUCACCGGAUGGCACCCAGAUCGCAUCAGGCUCUGAUGACAAAACCAUCAAGCUUUGGGACAUUUACAGAUCUCUCAAUGCCUCAAAAUUUCUCCGACGAUAUUUCAAGAACCGUUUCAAGGUCCAACUACGGGAAGAAAUUCAAACAUCAGAGCCAGUAUAUGACCUAAAAUAUUCGGCGGGUAACUGGUAUCUUGCAACAAACAUUGGACCUAUCAGGAAUGAAGGUAUUGCUACAGACAGACAGGAAGGCAAUCCUCCCUCUUUCCCAAGCCUCUUCGUUAGAGAGCAAUGGAUAUGCUAUGAGAGAAUUCCCUUCUUUCGGCUACCGUCUGAUUUCCAUCCGUUAUCUUAUGAUGUGCUUGGCGAUAAAGUCGCUAUUGGAUUCGAAAAUGGUCAAGUUCUGAGCUUUAACAUCGAUCGACGUAUCCUGCAGUCAAUACGAGGAUGUGCUGACGUGACAAUUAAGCAGACCACAUAG